GGCUGCGGGCAUUUCUGAUUUCUGAUCAAUCACGGCGUAGCAAACCAAAACCCUUAAAGCCUUACCUCCGACGCCCUCGUUUAAACCUCACCGUUUUAAAGCUCUCUGCCUCUCUUUGCUUCUGUUUCGGCUCGGGGAGUGAAAUCGACGAUGGCAGAGGUUCCUACAGGCACUGAGGUCCCUCCGAAUGUGACUAUAUACAUCAACAACCUCAACGAGAAAAUCAAGCUCGAAGAGUUGAAGAAGUCGCUGCACGCUGUGUUCUCGCAGUUCGGGAAGAUACUGGAAGUGCUCGCGUUCAAGACGCUGAAGCACAAAGGUCAAGCUUGGGUGGUUUUCGAGGAAGUUUCCUCCGCCUCCAAUGCGCUUCGCCAAAUGCAGGGCUUCCCUUUCUACGACAAGCCAAUGAGAAUACAAUAUGCAAAGACAAAAUCAGACAUAAUAGCCAAGGCUGAUGGUACUUUUGUUCCACGGGAAAGACGUAAGAGGCAUGAGGAUAAGGGAAGGAAGAAAAAGGAGCAACAUGAUGCUAAUCAACCUGGAAUUGGUCUGAAUCCUGCUUAUGCUGGUGCUUAUGGUGCAACACCUCCUCUUUCUCAGAUACCUUAUCCAGGUGGCACAAAGGCUAUGGUACCAGAGGCACCUGCUCCACCAAAUAGCAUACUGUUCGUGCAGAAUCUUCCCCAUGAAACAACUCCGAUGAUGCUGCAAAUGCUUUUCUACCAAUAUGCUGGUUUUAAGGAAGUUAGAAUGGUGGAAACAAAACCAGGGAUUGCCUUUGUGGAGUAUGGAGAUGAGAUUCAAUCUACAGCUGCGAUGCAGGCACUCCAAGGUUUCAAGAUAACUCAACAGAACCCUAUGUUGAUCACUUAUGCAAAGAAAUAGAUCAAUGGGUUUUUGCUUUUGCUAUCCAGGCAGGGCGAAUGGCUGCAAUCACAUCUUUGACUCAAUGUUACCAACUGAAUGCCGUAUCCUCUUAUUUGCCUUUUUACUUAAUUACAUUUGCAAUUUUCACAAGUGAUAGUGUAUCGUCGUAGUUGUAAUAUUAUUGAUGCUCCUUUCUCCCAUUUACAAAGAAUUGAGUUUCUCAUC